UGGAAGAGGCCAUGGCAAUCGACGCUUCUUCUGCCGCUGACAACAGCGGAGACGCUGGCGCCGGUGCAGCAGAAGGAGGGCCUGCCGAAGCAAGCGAAGGCGGUGGUAGCAGCAGCAGCAGCGGUAGCGGUAAGGGCAAGAAGAAGGCCAGGCGGGAAGGGUCCGAGGACGAGAAGGAGGAAGUGGCCGAGGAACCAACAUGCGGACACUCACACUCACACGAAACGAGCACCGCCGCGGGGGCGGGAGCUUUGGCAAGCAACGAUUCCUCCGCCUCUGCCGCCGCGCCUUCUGACCGCGCCGCCGCAACCUGCGGCGGCGGCCGCAGCGGCAGCGGCAGCGGCGGGGCCCGAAGCGGCGGGACCGGACGCGUGGCCGCAAGCUCCAAUGGGAGGAGCGGCGUUGACCCCACCUCUACCUCUUCCCGAGGCCCUAGCGGAGUGUCGACCGGUGACCCCAGAUCGGCGGCGGCAGGUGCUAGAGCCGCCGGGGCAGGGUCGGGAGCAGGUAGUGGCGGGGUGGUUGCGGGAGCGGCGCCGGCGGCUGGAGAUGAGGACGGUGUCACGGGUCCUAGCCUUGUGAUUCCUACGUUCCGCUUCACUCCGACGGCGACGGCAGCCCAGCUCAGCGGGGCUAUACCACCCCCGGUCAUGUUCCCUCGAGACAACACCGUCCCUUCCCUGGAGCAGACUUUCUUGUCCCAAUACAGGGCCGCGACGAGCUCACAGUCCAGCGUGAAGCUCGACGCCCUCGUCCGCGAUCUGGACACCACCCUCCUGCACGACCCCACCGCAAAGUUCGUCAUCUUCAGCCAGUACCCUCAGGUGGUGGAUCGAGCGGGAAUCGUCCUGAGCGCUAGGGGCAUCCGCUCCACCUCCAUCGUCGGAGGCCGCACCAGGGUGGAACGGAGCUCGGCAGUCUCCUCCUUCACGAACGACCCGUCCAUCCGGGUCAUCCUACUCACGACGGGCUCCGCCGCCGCCGGCCUAACCCUGACCGCCGCAAGCACGGUGUAUAUGCUGGACCCCGUCUGGAGCGCCGCCGACGAGGCUCAGGCUCUCAACCGGGCGCACCGUAUCGGUCAGACGCACACUGUUCGAUGCGUGGUGUUCUACAUGAAGGACAGCGUGGAAGAGCGUCUCCUAGCUCUCCGCCACUCAAAGGGCAACUUCGCCCAGUUCCUGGAGAGCGCUGACUCAGUGGUGAGCCUGGCCGCGCCUGAAGGGAGUGGGAGCGGAUCCCCCUCCCCGUUGUCGUCUUCCUUCGUCAACAUGUUCGCCCUGCCGGAGCUCAAGAAACUGUUCGGCAUGGUGGGCUCGCAACCCGCCGGCGCCGACCGUGAUGCUACUGCUUCUUCUUCUUCUACCCCUGCCCAACGCGGAGGCGGUAGCGGUAGUGGUGGCGGCUUGAGCAGCCACGCGGCUGCUGGCGGAUCUGGGAGCUCCGGUGUGGGCACCGGGGUCGGCGCGCGCUUCCCGUUGGGCUAUCUCAGCUCCUCCGAUAACGACGAAGAUGAUAGUGAUGGCGACAGUGACCGCAGCCUCGCAGUGGGGGGCGGCGGCGGAGGAGGAAGCGGGGGGGGGGCGACCCAGGAGGAGCGGGACUUGGCGAGGGCGAUGGCGAUGUCGCGGGCUGUGUUUGAGGCUGGUCAUUUAGGAAGGGCCAGUGGUGGUGGCGGUGGCGGCGCCGGCGGUGGGGGUGGAAGCGGAGGUGCCGCUGGUUCUCCGCUUGACCUCACCCGCCCCUAACGCGGAGGUAGCGUGGCGGAAGAUGCACGUACGCCUUUAUUUUUUUGUAAGGGUCUAUAUGUAUACUGUAUAAGGGUCUUUUGUAGGGCCGGAGUUUUUUGGUGAUGGUUAUAGAGACCCGAAGCUGCUGACUGUUCUCGGUGGGGCAGGAAACAGCGACGCUGGUGAAGCGAGCGACUCGAGUGGUUUCGACGGGUGGCCGAGCGAGUUUGUUCGGAGCGGCCACGGGGAAGUCCACGACGCCCCCCCCUCCCGCUCUUUGCAUGUUUCUGUUGGCCACAUCAUUUGCGAUGGAACACUGGGGUAUGGUGAAGGGUGUGCCAUGGAAAACCAAUUCUUUAUAACGGUGCGCGAUUCGAUGCUGUCCCCACAUGAUUUGGUGGGAGGUUGGAUACACAGGGCGGGGAUGCUGUUGGUAGAUAAUUGUGUUGAGUUUCUUUUUCUCGCUGGUUGAUGUUGCCGUAUACCGCCUUAUGUUCUGAGAGAGCCGUUGUCUGUAUCGAGUUGAGGUGAGCGUGAACAAGGGCGGCGGUCGGUAUUUUUUCUCGCAUGAGGUGCUCUAGAUCAGUAGUUUGGCUGUUUUGACCAGAAGUGUGAAAUCAAGAUUAAUGGGCAGCAGCCCGUAGCGAAGCCCUUGCCACCAGUGCUUGAUACCACUGCGAGUCGUUUUAUUCAGCAUUCUUCCCGCAAGACGCAAAGCAGUGGCCCUACUCUCAAUGCUUGUAUGUACAGAUAGGGAUGAAGGUGCGGCCACGAUAUAAAAAAAUAUUGAGUCCUUAGUUGCUGUGCUCGUUGUAUGGCGAUUUUCGUGUGGCGCAGUUCAACAAAAGUUGCUGCGCUUCACCCUGUACCGGUAGUUGCGUGUUUUUCCCCUGCAGAGCUUGGCGUGUGCGUGCAGGGAGGCCGGCUUGUGCCACGUGGGUAUUUUGUAUUGCGAGGGGCAGGUGAUACCGUCAUACAAGUAGAAAUGUUGCGUAUUAUCCGCGUCGGGAUGUUGACGUCGGUAAUUGUGCAACGGCUUUCAUAUUUCGCGCCCCCGAGGGAGGGUGGCAUUUUCGUGUUUGUGAACGGUCUGCAGUACGAGAACGGCGUGGGUUCUGGGGAUGGUGCAGGUGCCCCAUCGUGCAGGGUUCGACCGCCGUUUGCUGGGCACAAAACUAUGCGCACCUGGGUUUCAUUUUCGGCACAACCUCGGAAGUAAUUGCCGCCCUGCGACAAAAGCUGAAACAGCAACAGCAACAUAGUUGCAAGCAAUUUGGACAAGGGAGCGGGAUGUUGCGUUUUGUGUGAUUCACUGGCAGAGGUGGGGUCACGGGCUUGUUCUGGAGAACAGAAGGGAGAGUGAAAGUAGUAGGCAUGCUGAUUCACUUCCAGAGUAAAAACUUUCUACAUGGCGGGUAAGGUUUAAUUUUGGAACUGGUUUGGUGUUACGUAUGUGUGUCUCCGGGUUACGAGGACAACAUGAUGAAUGGGUACCCCCGCCGUCCUUCCCCUUGCCUGGAGCGGUCAGUUUUCAUCUCUGGGAAACACCGCCUUUUGCUACUGCGUAGUUUGGAUGCGCCUGUUGCACGAGACUAGAUGAGUUGCGAGACUUGCGCAAGUACACACGAGAAAAUGGAAUGAAUUGGAUCGUUUGGUUGUGCUUGUGGUGGUGUUGCUCGUUCGCAACGGGGUGGAGGGGGUUGCUGUGCUGUCGUGGUGGCGUCGAUUGAUUGCCAUCGCAGAGUACCAUGGAAAGGAGAGAGGGAGGGAGGGAGGGAGAGAGAGAGAGAGAGAGAGGGAGGGAUAGAGAGAGAAAGGGAGAGAGUGAGGCGCUUUUUGUUUCGCAAUGAUGUCGUGAAUUAUUUGUCAUGUGGUGUACGCUGUGCUUGCCGCAGCAGGAGCGAUGCGUUUGAGCCGGCAUUCACAGUUUUUUUACGUUAUUCUGCGUUGCGUAUGGGUGCUGGCCGCUCUUCACGAUCGUGCAUCUUGUCACUCUAUCAUGGUGAAUCAAUCGUGAUGGAGUGAUGCUGCGGGAGCAGAAGCAGUUACUACCCUCAACGGCGUUACACGUUCUCUCUGGACAGGUUUGAACGGCCCGUGUCGUUGUUGCUGCUGCUACUGCUGCGGCUGCUGCAUGCAGAUGUUCACAUUAUUCAUUGCGAGCGGUGUUUUCCAGACCCUCUGGCCGAGUGUCAGCUUGCUUGCUCCGCUGUUGUUCG